AUGAUUAAAUAUCAUAGAAUGAGUAAAUAUUUUAGGUACCAAUACAUACUAAUAUUAAUACUAAUUGGAUAUUCUGGAUGUUCUGAUGAUUUAAAUCAUGAAAGGGUAAAAACAGAAGAUUGUAAUAAGGAUGAGACUAAUUUUAAUCAAACUGGUCAUACACUAGUUUCUAGAAAUAUUAUUGAACGUGGUCUUGGACAUAUUGUUUAUGAUUCAUAUGGAUCCGAAUCUGUUAGUACAACUCAACCAGUAGAACAAUCUAGUGAAUCUGAUAUAGAUCAAGAUAUUGAUGAACCUGUAGAACCUGAAACUAUUCCAGUAGAAGUUGGAUCAGAUGAAGAAGAAGAUGAAGAUGAAGAAGAUAAUUUUCAGGUAACAGAAACUACUGAAAUAACUGAAGGAGUGACUGGAACUCAGACUGUUGGACCAAGCACUGAUACUGAAGAUGAUUAUAAAGAAGAAAAACCAACAGAAAUUGAUGUUGGUUAUGAAAUUAUACAUCCUGAAUUAUCAACAACUAUAUUUAUGGGAUUUGAUGACAAAAGGAAAUUUAUUAUAAUGGAUCAUAGACAUUUUUAUAUAACAACUGAUAAUACAACUGAUAUUAAAAUAGAAUUCGGUGCGAAAUUAUAUGAAAUAAAACAAGACAAUAAACUUGUAUGGAAAGGUAAAAAAUAUAAAUCACGUCCACAAUGUGUAAUAUAUAAAAAAUUAACAAACGUUUUUCUUAUUAUUUUUCCUAAUAGUUUCUUUUCAUGUAAAUAUGUUAAUGGUAAUUGGGAAAAGAGAAUAAAUAUAAUUCCAGAAAUUGUUUUAUAUUAUGUAAAUUAUUUGGGUAAACAUGAAGAGAUAGAUGGUUCAAAUAUAAUAACUGAAUAUACACAAUAUGGUAGUGUUCGAAAAUAUAUUAAAUACCCUACAAUGUGUACAAUGAUUGAAGUUGGUCAUCAAAAAUUAUGGGAAAAAAAAUAUAUUGAAAAAUAUCCAAGAGAAGUACAUUGUUAUGGUAAUAAAAAAAUAGUAAUAGUUUUUGUAACAUGGAAAUAUAUAUAUCUAAAUCAUGAUGGUAUAUGGAAAUUUGAGAAAUCUAUUAAAACAAAAUAA